AUGGGAGACCUUCUGGACACAACCAUCUCCAAGAAACUCUCCUUGUUAUUGGCUGAAAGUGUGUUUGUGCUGUGUUCACUGAGUUCAUACAAGAGAGGAAUAAAGGUGAAAGUGUCAGCGGGUGUCAAGAGCGGGAACCAUGGGCCAGGGGCUAGCGGUAUACCAGCGCCCACACCUGCCUACACCAGGCGGCAUACCAGAGCCCACACCAGAGCGGUAUACCAGCGCCCACACCUGCCUACACCUGAGUGGUAUACCAGCGCCCACACCUGCCUACACCUGAGUGGUAUACCAGCGCCCACACCUGCCUACACCACAGGUGGUAUGCCAGCGCCCACACCUGCCACCUACACCUGGUGGUAUGCCAGCGCACACCUGCCCACCACAGAGCGGUAUACCAGCGCCCACCUACCUACACCCAGGCAGUAUACCAGCGCCCACCUGCCUACACCUGAGUGGUAUACCAGCGCCCACACCUGCCUACACCAGAGCGGUAUACCAGCGCCCACACCUGCACCUACACCAGAGCAUUGCACAGCGCCCACACCUGCCUACACCGGGCGGCAUGCCAGAGCCCACACCAGAGCGGUAGCACCAGCGCCCACACCUGCACCUACUGGUGGUAUGCCAGCGCCCGCACCUGCCUACACCUGGGUAAGCAGUAUACCAGCGCCCACCUGCCUACACCAGAGCGGUAUACCAGAGCCCACCACCUGCCUACACCUGGGUGGUAUACCAGCGCCCACCUGCCUGCGCAGAGGCGGUAUACCCAGCGCCCCGCCUGCCUACACUGAGUGGUAUACCAGCGCCCACACCUGCCUACACCAGGCGUAUACCGGCGCCCCACACCUGCCUACACCUGAGUGGUAUGCCAGCGCCCACACCUGCCUACACCAGGCGGCAUGCAGGAAACCCACGCAGAGCGGUAUACCAGCGCCCCUACCUACACCUGAAUGGUAUGCCAGCGCCCACACCAGAGGCGGUAUACCCGCGCCUACUGCACCUACACCAGGCGGAAUACCCGCGCCCACCAGAGCGAUAUACCCAGCGCCACAUCUUUCUGCCUACACCAUGCGGCAUACUGGCGCGCCCACACCAAUGGCGGUAUACCGGCACCACGCCUGCCUACACCAGAGCGGUAUACCAGCACCCACGCCUGCCUACACCAGAGCGGUAUACCAGCACCCACGCCUGCCUACACCAGCACCCACACCUGCCUACACCAGGACCCACACCUGCCUACUACACCAGCACCCACACCUGCCUACACCAGACCGGUAUACCAGCACCCACGCCGCCUAUACUACCUUCACAAAGUUGCCAUCUACUAGAGUCACCACUACCAACAUACACUUCUCCACCCGGGUGUAG